UGUACUAGACAAUGGCCAAUCCAAUCCAACAAUCUUGACGUCUGCGGGUGCCGGCUGUUUGGUUUCUCGCGUCCUCGCGUGUCUUCAAGGGUACUUGGUACUUCAUUUAUUCCAGAUCCGUGUCGUGUUAUUAUGGCAUACGCAAUGAGGUUUGCCAACAGGGCAAGUGCUCUGUCGCUUCUGAGACCAGUGACAGCCUCGCCCGCUGCAUGCUUUGCACCAAUGUCAGCUAUGAGCCCCAAGCAGGCGGAAGUGACAGAACACUUCUUCAAAAAGAACAAGUCACUCAAAAGGCCUUUGUCUCCUCACCUGAGCAUUUAUGCACCGCAAAUGACGUCAAUGCUUUCACUUACACACAGGGCAACUGGCUGUGGCAUGGCAGUGUGCCUGUAUGGAAUGGGUGUGAUGCCGCUUGUGUGCUCGCACCAGUUCCCGCACUAUGUGGAGGCACUGCAGGCCAUGCACAUCUCGCCCAUCCUCACUUUCCCAGUGAAGCUUGGGCUGUCCUUUGCCCUCUGCUACCAUACCUUCAAUGGCAUGCGCCACCUGGCCUGGGAUUUGGGUCUUGGCUAUGGCCUCAAGGAGCUCUACACAUCAGGCUUUUUUGUUCUUGGCCUCAGUCUGGUGACGGCGGCAGUGUUGGCCUUCAAGUAGGCUGCCCUAUACCUUGCCUGCAGCGCCUAGGCUCAAGGUGGCAAGCCUGCCCAGCGACAUGCACACUCCCUUCUUCAGCGGUUUGCAUAGACAGGGAGAGAAGGUACAACACUGUCUUGAUGUGCUGGGUCAGGAUAUCUGUGAUUUUUAAUAAAAAAUCUCCAACUGCUGUGCAUCUAAA